AUGAAGGAAGCUCGGGCUUCAUCUGAACAUCAGAGUGCAUCGCAUGAUGUACAGUUUCGCAUUAGUAAUGAGAGUGAAAUUUUAAGUCAAAAUAGUUUUACUGCAACUUCCAAUAAUCCGAUUCUCAUGAGUGCUGCCGGCAUUCCUAUAAAAAGUAGAUGUACAGGAUUGCCAGAGAAACUGGCUGUUCCUGCACCUUUCAGUCCAGUGCUGCUCAAGUCUGUUUCUGCGCCGGUUUUACCAAGUUACAAACCACAAGACCAAAGGUUGCAGAAGCCAGCUAAUUGUUCGCUGAUUAGCGCAGAUGAGUUUGCCAAGAUCAUAGAUGGUUCUAUUGAUAGGGGUCUACUGGUCUUCGAUGUCAGACCGUUCAACGAUUAUUCGAGAUCUUCCGUUAAGAGAUCUGUUCAUGUUUGUCUCCCAUCGACCUUAUUAAGGAGGAAAAAUUUCACUUUUCAGAAACUAUUGGGGAACUUGCCACCUGAAGAGCAGUCCGUUGUGAGGGAGAGGACAGUGGACUCGGAGAACGUUAAGAUUGUUAUCUAUGAUAAUGUGCCUAACCAGAAGGAUGAUUCAGUUUCGCUUGCCUGUAGCGGUAUAGCUACGAAAAUCAUCGAUCAUUACAAUCAGAAUAUCGCGGUUGGAAGCGUAUCUAUUUUGUCCUGUGGGUUCCCACAGUUCGAGGAGGCUUUCCCACAGUAUACAAUGUCGGAGUUAGACAGUCCCACGUCGCAAAGUAAUUCUUCGACAAUGGAUUUGGGGGUACAAGUGUGUGGUGACAUUAUACAGGAAUCACAACAAGGAUUAAUGCCACCACAAUUGGGCUCGCUGGAUUCACCUAUAUCGGCGUCUUCACCCAUAUCUGCAUUGUCAAAAUUUAAACUACCGACCCUGGAUAAUUCACCCUCACAAGUAUUUAAGAUUGCUCAAAAUGAACAAUUGAUGGAUUUAGAGUCGUAUUUGAGUGCAGUGAAAAUUAAAGAGGAAACGGAUCAUAGCUCAAUGAAAACCUUCCAGUUUCCAAAACCAGACCAAAAGGUAUCUACCUUGGUGCAACAAAACAAACUCCGAUUUCAAACUAAAUAUGAAGAGCUAGAAGACGUCUGUGGUCAAUCAUAUAUCGAAGCCUUCAUCCCGUUAUGGUUUAGAAAAUUAAUGGAUAGGUCAAAGAUUGAGUUUAUAUCACAAUUCCAAAAAUUGGACUUUUUAGAAAGGAAACGUCUGAAUAGAACCGUGAAACAACACAGGAGUAGUCAUUCAGCAAGUUUCUACCCAGGGAAAACCUUCAACGGUGUUUCGCGGCCUAUUGAAGGCCAACUUCGUUCUUAUUCACAGCCCAGUACCAUUACAGCUCGUCGUUCUAGUCUGCAGCACUUUUACGCUGUUAAUUCAGAUGAUGAGGACGACUCAAUAACUAUUUCGUCUGGUGUUGAAUUGGGUAUUAAGAAUAGAUAUAAGGAUAUUUUCCCCUACGAACAUUCAAGAGUCGUGCUGAAGAAGCAUAGUAUAAGUUCCAUACCGUCUUGCUCUGUUAAGUCAGAUGAUUACAGUCAAACAUGGGAAAAUUACAUCAAUGCCAACUACCUGAACGUGCCUACGUUUCCAUUGCUACCGAAAAGUCAUCAAAAGAACCCACAAAGAGUUAGAUAUAUUGCGACACAGGCUCCAUUGUCUUCCACAGUCUACGAUUUCUUUACCUGCAUACUUAACAAUGACGUGCCUUUGGUGGUGACUUUGACUGAUAGCUUCGAAAAUGGUGUAGAGAAAUGUUUUCCAUACUGGAACCAAGGUGACUACGAUGGAAUCAAGGUCGAUGUGCUUGAAGCAGUCAGUAUACCAGUCGUAACGAAAUCAUAUGGCAGGGCAGAAAUUUAUCUGAGAAGGCUUCAGCUAAGCUACGACAAUGACAAGACAUUCGAAACGUUGCAGUUACAUAUCAAGGAUUGGCCAGACUUGGGAACCCUCUUGGAUCCAACUCAAAUUAUUCAAACGAUCAACUUGAAAAAUUUAGUCAUCAAAGGACUUCUGGACAGGAAAGUUUACGCCGAGGAUAGUGUCCCUGUUAUUCUAGUUCAUUGUUCAGCUGGUUGUGGUAGAACUGGGACCUGGUGCACAGUUGAUUCUAUCAUCUCAAAUCUAGAUGUGUAUGAUGUUCUUCAGCGUCAGUUCGAAGAAGAAGAUAUUCAUACAACAAAGCUAUUUGAUCCCAUAGUUUGGACGAUUAACACGUUUCGCAAACAAAGAAUAUCCAUUGUACAAAACGUCAACCAAUUCCUUUUCAUCUACGACUGCUUACUGUACCAUUUUAUGUUGAAUCUCAAUGGUAAAGAUCACAUGAACGGUGCGUUACCUAUCGAAGGCUGUUCCAUGCAGAACUUGCUUCAUCAAAUAAAAGAGCUCAAGAUUGUACAGAACAUGAUCGAUGUCAAGAUUCAUGAACAAGCACCUUCAUUCGCAUGA